CGGCUGCUGCACCCCCUGGCGCCGCUCCAGCGGCUGCUGCCCCCGGAGCGCGGGCGGCGCCCGCCGGGGCCCCUGCGGCGCCCGCGGGCGCCGCGACACCCACGCCCGCCACAGCUCCCGCGAGAGGCCUCAGCUGGACGCUGGGCGGCCCCAGUGGGCUGUCUAUGGGCGACCCCCGCAUGGCGGCGCUCGAGCUCAGUGAAUCUGCAGUGCGGGUGCUGUUGCAGCUGUUGAGCCGGGUCGUCUUUAUUCGCAGGUCCUAA